AUGCCCGAAAAGGAGGAGCGAAUACUGGGCUUCAACGUACACUCCAUCUGUGAGGAUGAGUUCAUUUCUCCAUAUAAUCUCCAAGGCCCAGAUCUUCCUUGCUAUUCUCGACAAGAGCUCUCGUGGCCCCCAUAUUUACGUCCAACGGAAGCGCAGAAAAAGAUUACACAUCACCCUUUUCUUGACGUCUUCCCAUUUCCGUCGUUGAGAGAAGCCGGAAUACGGGCUGAAGAGCUUGGAUUCUUUGACGAGGACGACUUUUGCCUCGACAUCUUCCAUCUCGAUGACAAAAAGGACGGCGUGGAGCGACCGCGCAUGAUAGUAUGGGGCGAGUCUUGGGAUCCCCGCGGUUGGGAAGUCAAUGUCGCGUUUCUGCGGAAAUGGGGCUGGAUGGUCCGAGGCUGCCCAGAGUUGCUAGAAGGCACCAAUUACUGGCGUGAGAAAAGAGGCGAAAAAAAGCUGAAUUUCAAUCUUAAUCGGUGA